AUGUCCUACUUUCCCAUCCUCCUCCGCGCGGAGCAGAAGCCCCUCGAGCAUCGAUCCUUCUCGCCAUCCGUCAUCGGCUCCCUCGUCAAGGCCGGCCACCCCGUCUCAGUCGAGCGUUCAUCCACCGACCCCAACUUCCGCCGUAUCUUCAACGACGAGGAGUACGAGGCUGUCGGUGCCACCCUCGUCCCUACCGGAACAUGGCCCAAUGCCGCCCCAGGCACCCUCAUUGUCGGCCUCAAGGAAAUUCCCGAGGAGGAUUUCGCCCUGAAGAACGACCAUCUCAGCUUUGCGCACUGCUAUAAGCGUCAAGGUGGAUGGGAGCAGGUCCUGAGCAGAUUUCCCCGCGGCGGCUCGACCCUUUACGAUCUUGAGUUUUGUAUGAGGACCCCCGUCACUCCAUGUCGCUUCCCUCUGUCGACACCAUUGGCCGGGAAGAACUUACUGGCGCGGCACUCGCAUAAGACUUUGAGUUGGAACCUUACCCAUCCAAAUGGCGAGCCACUCCCCUCCGUCGCGAGUUACACCGAUGGCCGAGGAUACUAUCUUAACCAGGAAGAACUUGUGGAGCAGAUCCGAGGCGACGUUGCUGUGAUUGAUAAGGAGCUGGGCCGCAAGCCCACUACUAUGGUUAUGGGUGCCCUUGGACGCUGUGGAAGAGGUGCCUGCGAUCUGUUCGCUGCUGUUGGGCUGGAUACCGAGAAGACCCUCAUGAGGAGUGGCACGACGGAGUUCCAUGAUGAGAUACUAAACUGGAGUAGGACCACCAAGUACGAUAUUCAGGAGACGCAGACGCCCGGUCCUUACAAGACUAUUGUCGAACAUGAUAUCUUCCUUAAUGCGAUUUACCUUUCGGAGCCUAUCCCUCCAUUCAUCAACCAGGAGCUCCUUGCCCAGCCUGGCCGUAAGCUCGGAGUCGUCUGCGACGUUUCAUGCGACACCACCAACCCCCACAACCCGCUCCCCGUUUACAGCAUCAACACCACCUUCGACGAGCCCACUGUCCCCGUCGUCGGAGAACGAUCAGAACAGCACACCCCUAGCUCGGUAUCAUUCAGCGACGGCCUGAGGGAGGCGCUCCUCCAGCUGCACCAGAAGGAUACCCACAGGGUGUGGACUGAUGCUGCCAAGCUGUUCAACGAGAAGGUUGCAGAGCUCCCCGAGGCUCUCCGGGUCAAGGAUUUAUAG